AUGGUGACGACGGAGCGUCCGCUGCAGCCAGUCGGGUGGGCGACGAACGCCGGCGACGAGUACGAGAUGGUGGGCGAAUCAGAGCUCCCCGACUUCCCAACGCCCGUGGUCAUCACCGACAAACGUGGCCGGGCCAGAUGGACCGUUUCCAUCCCCCCGGCCUCCGAGUUCCCCCUGGAACCUGCCGUGUACGCGGAGAUCUGUAUCCAGAACACGGAGGUCGCUAUGCACGUAGCCGACCUCCAUACGCACUCGCACCGGGAGCACGCGGCGCAUUAUGAUUACUAUCACGUGGACCCCAACUUCAUGGACGUUGCCGAGGCGGAAGCUCACGGGCUCCUGCCGGGGUCGAGAGCGGAGACACGGGUGAAGAAACAAAAUCCGCUGGUCGGGGAGCAGGAUGGUCUGAUGGAGGAGGAUGUGUGUGAGAAGAGUAUGACCUUCUUGCUAGAGACUGCGGAUGCGGGGUUGGGGAAGACGUUGAUGAUGCUCUGGACUGCGUACGGGCUGGCCCAGAAGGAGGGGAGAGCGUUUUUCAUCGACGAUACGAGAUGGGCAUACGGAAGAUAUACCAGCUUCUUCCAACCGCCGCCUAUGCCCAGCUGUCGCCCUCCUCCCCGCCACGAGAUGCUCCCCUGUCCACAUCAUGCGAGGCACCUUGUCGUCUCCGCUGCUACCGUCUCCUCCACCUUUGGCGGCGCCUUCAAUGACCACUUUGAAGAUGCGAGGAAGAUGGAGGUCUACCGCCAGAAACCCAUUUUUGAAUUCGCCCGAGCGGGAUACGAGGCGCUGUUCAAGCUCUCUACCGAAGAUGACAACUACGUCUCCACCCGCAUUGCUUCGUUGCGGGACAGGACCAAGUCUCUCGACCCCUCGACCGCGAAUGGGAUGGUCAUUGGCAUCCAUGUUCGCCAUGGCGACCGUCACCCCUACGAGUUCCAAUAUCGAGAUUCCUACGUGCCGCUUGAUCGCUACAGCUCCAUGGCCGGCGACAUCCUGCACUCCACCUUCAACGACAGCGGGCCGAAUGGCGACGCCAACGUGAUGGCCCGCAUGCACAGCCUUAUGGUCGUCGCCUCCGACGACCCAGACGUCUACGCCUCUGACGAGUUCUCUCAAGCCUCACGUGCCCAGGACCUCAUCGCCCUCGCCUCUCGCCCCCCAGCGCCAGCGCCUCCGGCCUUUACGCCCAUCCGCCGCUUCGUCGAGGAGAACAUCGGCUGGGAGGGCGGCUUCUUCGCGGGCAUGUUCUGGAGUCUCGGCCGCACAGCGGCCGUGCCAGCGGACGCGCGCCAGCCUCCAACGGCCGAUGCGCUCCGGCUGCGUGAGCUCGUCGGCCGCGCGUACCUCCUUGACCUGGCUGUUCUGGGCGGUGCCAGCGACCGUCUGGUGUGCACGGUUAGUGCCACAGGCUGCAACCUGCUGGCUGUCAUGAUGGGCUGGGAACGUGCGAUUGUCCAGGGCGGCUGGACGAACAUCGAUGGGGAUUUCGAGUGGCGGGGCGUCGCAUGGUAG